AUGGGCAAAAAACGCAAGAGGCCCGUCAAGGGCGGCCAGGCGCGCCUGAAACCAUCGAAACAACCCAUCAAGGCCCCAUUGAUUUCUCAUUCAAGGAUCAACGACUCCGAUGCAGUCGAGAUCUCCCAUCCGGUCAUAUCCCAAUAUUACCGCCAAGUGGUAACACUGCGGCAUUUCAUUCUGCAGCGCAUCCCCCAAUCGUCCAAGGGGCGCCGACGGAGAAUCGCGGCUAUCCGAAGUGAUGGCACUCACUUGGGGACGAAUGAAGAAUCCCUUGCCCAUCUUCUCGAUACAACUCUAGUUGGAGUGUGGACUGAACUACCCUUGGCUCAGAGCGAGGAACGCCGACGGGAUUUCAUCGCCUAUACCCAGACUCAGAGGACUCAAAUUGGAACUGAUACUGGGCCUGCGAGUCCACAGUCACUCGUCGAUUUUGUCAUCUGGUCACUCUUUGAUCACCGGGGCCACUCGUAUCGAAGAGCAGAACAUCUUCUCACUCAUGGGUUCCAGGAGGCCGGAGGUUUCCCCCAUGGCAACCUACAACCGUGCAGUAUACCGGGCGUUGAAGCCAAGUUUCCCAAUAGGAAUGUCGAGAAGCUGAAACAAGCGCCCUGGGCAGAUGUCCUCGGCCUUCUUGGGACCAACGGUGACGACAUAAUGAUCAAGCUCUUGCUCGAUUGUGGUAUUUUUAUCCCUAUUGAUGCCAAAAAGGGUGUUUAUUAUCAGCUGAGUGGACGCGCAUUAUCAGCUCUCGACCCCAUUCAAACACCCAAAGUAUCCUCGCAGCCUAUAACGAAAUGCGAACAGCCCUGCCUGGUGAGAGUAAAUCCCCAAACGUCUAGAAAAGGAGUCAAAGAGAAUAGCAAUAAACGAAACCCCAGCACGGUUUUCUUCUCUAUCCGACAGACCUGCUACGCUCGUCCCCGUCUGGAUCCCAAGGGAAGGAUAGAAUUCGGCAUGCCUAAUCGUGAGUCAAUGCGUAAACUGAUCAUACUCUUCUGA